AUGACUGUCACACAAGGAGUUGGCCCCAAUGGAGUCGCAACACCUCGUUCCAGUGGAAUUGAAGUCAUUAUUAUCGGGCUCGGGAUUGCUGGUUUGGUCGCUGCCAUCGAGUGUCAUUACAAGGGACAUGUGGUAGUUGGUCUUGAAAGAAGCCCUGAGAUUAGAGUGCUCGGAGAUAGUAUCGCUCUGGGAAGCAAUGCGACAAAGGUUCUACAGAAUUGGGACAAGGGUGAGGUGCUGCGUCACCUCGUAUCCCAAUCCGACGAUGUGGCAGCCAUGGAGAUUUUGGACCCCGCGGGAAAGCUGUACGCCUUAGAUUCCAUGGAUGGGUAUGGCGUGGGUGAGGGCAUGAUCAUCCACCGCGGCACAUUGGUCCAUGGACUAUACGAACAUGCCAAGUCCUUGGGUAUCGAUUUACGUUUUGGCUCAGCUGUCACCGAGUACUGGGAGGAUGAGGGUGGAGCUGGAGUGACUGUCAAUGGUGAGCAACGAAUCGCAGCUGACUGUGUCAUCGGGGCCGACGGAGUGCACAGCAAGACACGGGACUAUGUGCUCGGAUAUCAGAUUGCUCCCCAGCCUUCUGGGCUGGCUGCGUUUCGGGCAUGCUUUAGUGCCAGCUUGCUCGCGGGGGAUCCAGAGGCUCAAUGGAUCCUGAAGGAGGCCGGUGUGCAGGACCGGAUGCGAAGGUACAUAACGACGGGCGGUCUGGGGUUGACGUUGGCCACUGGUAAACGCGGCCAGAAUGUUAUUUGGCAGGUUUGGCACAGGAACCAUGAGAAGUCCGACGAAUCCUGGGAAAACAUCACCGAUGCCCGCGUUGAAGAUGCCCUAGCUCUACUCAAGGACUGGCCCGCUUUUUCGCGAGUAGCUGCUGUUCUGCGACACACGCCCAGUGAAAAGCUCGCGGACUACAAAAUCAUCUCUCGGGAUCCCCUACCCACCUGGAGCUCUCGAGGAGGGCGUAUUAUGGUCAUUGGCGAUGCAGCACAUGCAAUGUCCGCAAUUGCAGGGCAGGGAGGUGGUCAGUCUGUGGAGGACGCGGCUACUUUGGCUAUUUGUCUGGAGUUGGGUGGUAAGGGCCGAGUGAAACAAGCUCUCCAGGUCGUGGAAAAGAUUCGUUACCAGCGUACCAGCAUUAUUCAGGAGAGUGGCAAUGCAAUUUAUAGCCAGAUGCGCGAUCCGGACUGGGAGGCUAUCGAGAAGAACCCAUCUAUGAUGAAGUUCCCACGUCCUGACUGGAUCUUUGGCUACGACGUCCAAUGUGAUGUUUAUGAGCAGUUUCCGGCUGCAAUGAGCGCGGUUCAGGAUAUGACAGGGUAUCGACCGCGAAAUAUCCCAUCGGACAGCAAGUAUCAGGUAGUGCACGAUUACAAGAGACCUGUGGCGGCUUAA